AUAACGCGAAAUCGUGCAAUGAUGUCGUACGAUUGUCCGCAUCCAGUUUCGAGAACUUAUCGAUACAAAAAGAUAACGAAACCACUAUUGGAACGAAAAAGACGUGCACGUAUAAAUCAAUGUCUCGACGAACUGAAAGAUCUCAUGGUGGAUGCACACGAAACGGAAGGUGAAAAUAUCAGCAAAUUGGAAAAAGCAGAAAUUCUAGAAUUGACGGUACGACAUUUACAAAGAUCACAAGCUGCUCCAUCAACAACUACAACAACAACAAGAAUGACGAGUAUAAUGAACGAUGAAACUACUGCUGAAAGUCGAUGGCAAUCUGGUUUUGGACAUUGCGCUACGGAAGCUUGCAGAUUUUUAGCUGCACUUCCUGGUAAAGCGGCGGAAAAUUUAGCCAGGCAUCUGGCCGUAGGUCUUCAAAAUAAUUCCAAGAUUAACUCGUUAAACAUCAAUCCAAACUUGUCAACUACGCUAAUCGAUUUGGAUCAUAGUACUUUAAUACCUUGUCCUUGUCCAAUCAGUCCAAUUUCUUCAACAGAUAUGAAUAAUCCAAUUUCUGUUAAUAAAACUGAUCAUUCUAAUGAUGUUAAAAUAGAAACAUUUAAAAGUAAUUCUUCUAACGUGAUAGGAACAACCAUAGGCACGUUAGAAGAUUGUAAAAGAUAUCAAGAUAAUAAUCAAAUUAAAUUAACAUUAACUAAAGAUAAUCGUAAAAGUUCUAUGAUUAAACGUAAAACGAUGAAUACGCAAAGAAUUAAUAUGGAAGAAGAAGAAGAAAUAGACGUUGAACGUGUGGAUGAUGAUGAUCUCAUGUGGAGACCAUGGUAG